CGGCCGGAAGCGCCUGCCCAUGGCGCCCGCAGCUGUCCCGCCGGGCCCCGCGCUCUGGCGGGCCUGCAACUGGCUGAUGGGCGCCUUCUUCGCGCUGGCCGCCUUCGUGCAGAUAAAUGAUCCUGACGCAGAACUGUGGGUGGUAAUUUAUACUAUACCUUCAGUGCUGGCUCUGCUUGUUGGACUUAACCCUCUUGCUACAGGUCAUUUUGUUUGGAAGACUGUGUCUGCAAUACACAUACUCUUUUGUAUCACAUGGUCUGUUGGCUUGCUAUACUACCUCUUGCUUCACAAGCCAAAGAACAUCAUACAUGAGGAAGAAGCCAGGGAGCUGUUUGGCCUGCUGAUUAUCAUAUCAUGGAUGAGCCUAUGUUACAGUUUCCCAAAGAAUUCAGUUGGUGGAAGACUUCAUUUGGUUAUUGCUGUUGUAAUAACUCUUUUCCCACUUAUCUCAUGGGCCUACAUAUAUAUAAAUAAGGAGAUACAGUCCUCCUGGCCAACUCACUGCAAAACAGCAAUAUAAAUGAAGCCAAGAAGCCUGUUUAUAAAAUAUUUAAAAUUUUUAUGAUCAUUAUUUUUAAAUAAAUAUGAUCAGACCAAGCCAGUUUCCUAGGUUAUUUCAGGCAAUCUGAGUUGAUAAUUAAGAUUAUAUUUUUAUUUAUUUAUUUUUUUGCUUUUUUUGGGUCACACCUGGCGAUGCACAGGGGUUACUCCUGGCUCUGCACUCAGGAAUUACCCCUGGCAGUGCUCAGGGGACCAUAUGGGAUGCUGGGAUUUGAACCCGGGUCGACCGCGUGCAAGGCAAAUGCCCUACCCAAGAUUAUAUUUUUAAAACCUAAACAAUUUUAAGGCUAUUUGUAAACAAUUUAAUAUUGGUUGGGCUAGUAAUAUAUACAGGUUAGUCAUGGAACAGUUCAAAGGUGGCAGAACAAAAAUUAAAGAGAUAUAGUUCUGACUAAAUUUCAUUUGAGACUUAAGAAAUACAUAAACCUCUUGGAUGUGAGGGCGAUCUGGCUGCGACAUCUGUCACCCCAUUGAUUGCCAGGGUUGAUUCGGCUGAUCUGGCUGGCUAGGCGGGUGUCCCCUUCCUCCCUCACCGAUCCAUGUGCGUCCCUCCCGAAGCUGCGCGCUCGGUCGAAGAGGACGGCCUUCCCCGAAUAGAGAAGGACCGGUCUUCGGUCGAGGGUAUAUGAGUAGCUGCGCUCCCCUGCUAGAACCUCCAAACAAGCUCUCAAGAAAU